AUGUCUGAUAACAACAUGCAAGAACAAAAAGAGAACUUUGAGAAAACUAUGACGGAUAAUGUGUCAAAUAUUGCGUCAGAUAUGGUGGUGUUAGCAGCUGAAGUGUCAAAUGUGACGGAGAUAAUUGCGGCAGAGGUGCCAAUUGUAACGGGGACGGUGAUAACUGAGGCAACAAAUUUUGUUGAGACGGCGGUGGCUGAGGCGUCAAAUGCAGUGGAAGCGGUGACCACAGCCGCGGGGAUAAUGGCCACGGCGGUUGUGACUGCUGCAGCUGCAGUAAAAAGUUCGAUAAAGAAGGCCGAAAUUGCAAUGAAGGAAAAGAAGAAAUAG